GUUGUCUUAGGGAAGUCUCCUCAUAACGUGCCAUAGCUUCCACCAUGGCGGUUAAACUCCGUGGAAGCCGGCUGGAAGCAGAAGUCGAUAGGGCCAGGGCUGAUAGUAAUUGGAAACGUCUUUCUGAACUGCUCCAAGCAAUGAAAUCAAAACAUUCUGGAAUGGAUGAUAUGGUAGAGUUAGUCGAAGCAGAAUUACAGCUGGAACAGUUUCUCGAACAGCAAGGAGAGGUACUUCGACCUCGACGUGACUACGCAAAUGGAUUGCGUGAGGCGGAAUUGCUGCUGAAGGAGACAAUUGAUCGGCGUGAUGGUGGCAUAACUUUGGAGGCGCAUUUGUUAUUAGCAAAGCUGCACUAUGCCACGGCUGAGUACUCACAGGCACUGAGGGAUAUCGAAAACUCUGGGAUGGAGCUUGCCAACACGCAGUUUCGGACGCUGCGAGCCUUACGACUAGUCGCUGAGGUCUAUGCUAUCAAAGGUUUCUGUCUAGAAGCAUUAGAAGGCAACGACAAAGCCAUGGAUAAGAUGAAAUCCUUGUUCUGCUACGAAAAAGCUGCUGAGCUAGCCAUCCUCUAUGUCGGAGAGAUAGAGAAAAAUAUUGUUAGCGGUACUGGGAAAGGCAACCCCUCUACACCUUCACCCACACAGAAAUCUGAGAAACUUGGUGAUAUUCUUGAGUGUUGCUUGGAAAGGGUAGCUGCUUUGCGUGUUCGAGACUCUGCAAUAGAACGGAAGAGCAAUGUGGAGGGCAUAGAGUGGUAUCGUCGGAUCAUAACGUGUCUUGGUGAUAAGUCGACCGGUGAAAGACUGCAACAGAAAAUGUCAAGACAGUUCGCUGAGUUACUUUUGCGAGCAGUACCAGCUGAUGGUCGGUGUGGCACUACCAGUCAAGCAGUCAGCAUGAAAAGUCAAAACUUGAGUUUUUACAUGGGAUCCCAUAAAGGAUACUUUGCACCAGCAUCGCGAACGGAAGAAGUCAUUCUCCUGUUGUUAAUCAGUGAGGUGCUGUCAACGAGAGAAGUGGUACUGAAUAGAAGCGCAGAUCUAUCGUCGUCGAGACAUCAAUCAAUAAGGACUGCGAAGUCUGUCUACAACUUGCUCACUUUGGUUUUAUCAACGCUUCGACAGUAUCAUCUCCUAUCAACUGUGUACGAAAGAGCAAUGAAGUUUGUAAAUCAGGAUGAAUAUCUUUGGCAACAAUUCGCCUUAUCUCUGGUGUGCCGUGGCAAAUUCCUGAGAGCUGUGCGAGUAUUGGAACAAUGUAUUGCAGCUGGUACGAAGGAUGGACAUCAAGUGAAUCACGGCAACGAGACUGCUGAACCCGGCUCAUCAAAUAAUACUGUCAUGCAUCACAUGCAAGCCGCUGUAUUGCAUAUGGAGCAUCUUGGACAGAAUGAUGCAGCGGUCAGCCAUGCUGCAAAAGCGGUGCAAAUGUGCUCUGAAGGUCCAUUAGAGUUUUUGAAAGGAAGGGCUCAGCUUCUACUUGCUAUAGCGAAUGGACGGCGUGCGCAAGCUGAGCCAUGCUUCGACGAACGUCGCCGAAUGUUGAAAAAAAUUCUCACAAUGUUUGAAAAUUGUGUAAACACGGAUCCACACGACUAUUUAGCUCAUUACUACUGUGCAUUGUACCAUGCUAUUGUUCGAGAUCUUGAAGCAGCAAGAGAAAGGUGUGCUAGAUCACUGGAACUCAAUCCAGAACAACCAAGUGCUAUCAUGUUACUAGCCCUUAUUUUUACAGCAGAGGGUGAUCUCAAGGGCGCGUUAGAACUGGUCGCAAAUGCAAUGAAAGAUUUUCCAACACAUUAUGGAUUGCUCGUCCUGCGGUUACAUAUCGAAACGAAAUUUGGUCGAAUUGACGAAUCGUUGGACACGUGCACACAUUUGCUGGAUUUCUGGCGAAAGAGAGACUGCUAUAUAGAAGAUGAGCGGCUACAAUCAACAUUGAGUGCUACAGAUGGCCAAAGUAUGCUAAAGGAUGCUGCGAGUUUGAAAGCGGGGACACCUUCCGUAGGACGAGAGUUAUCUUCAUCAACCCCAAUUUUCGCUACUCCGCUAGGUAUAGGUAUUUCAAACCCGAUGCUAAAUCCAAAUGCUGCCAGCAGCCAAUCAGGGCUUGAUAUCGCAGUCUCCGUUGUCGACAGCGGUGUGCCAGGUUCUGAGGUUGGUGGUCAGUCAACUUCUAGUGAAAGCGGUGGAGCUGCUGGGAGCACUAGUGCUGCUUGGUCUCGGUUUAGAGCUCAGGCGAAUAUGUGGAUGGCCCUGGCUGAGCUGUUUCUGGCUGAGGGACGACUGAAUGACGUUGGGCCUUGUGUGGAACAAGCUGUAGUUCUGUUCCCUCAUGCUCAUCAAGCUCUUUACUUGAAAGGUCGGUUAUUCGCCGCAAGAGCAGAGAAGGCAACAGAUGAGGCUACGGCUGUCAAGUUUCGAGCUGAAGCAAAUGCGUCCUUCUUGUCCGCGUUAGCCUACUGCCCCUCGCAUACUGCUAGUUUAUUCCAUUUAGCUGGACUUUACACUUUGGAAGGGAAUGAUGCCAUGGCUGAACAGAUGUACAGAGAACUCGUCCGCGUCGAUCCGCUGUGCUGUGAAUGGUGGCAAGAGCUGGGCUCUUGUCUAAUGCGUCGUGGAAAUGCCACCAAAGCAAUGGAAUGCUUCGCGGCUGCAUCCCAGCUGGAUCGCUCGACGCCACUCUUACCGUUCUCCUCGAUUCCACUCGUCUUUCCGUCGUCAUUUUGAUGAUUGUGCGCAGUAUUGUAAACAGUUUCCGGCUAAGUAUUCACAUUUUGAUUUUAUCGGGUCAUUGAUUGAUUGAUAUAGCUCAUAAAGUAAUAAUAAUUUAUUGUGAAAUCUAUGAAGAGAGUGAGAUUGUCUUACGUAUUAUAGGCAUUGUUUGCUUGUUGUUUACUUGCUCUUGUACAAUGUAUACGCGCUUUCUGUCUGUAUGAGAUGUUCAAAAUGUUGAAAUAGUUAUCAAAAUGCUAUAUAUUAAACAUAUCGAAGCCAUCUCUGCUGGUCAGCUUACGUGGUCUUAGUCUUUUGUACUACAUGGUCUCUCGGUUUGCUUUCGUUCUGUGUUGAGAGGUGUCAGGCCUG